AUGCUGAUGAUGGAGAAGAACGGCAUGGACGCGCAUCAGGUUGGAAUCAAUCUGGAAUACGAGCUGGAGGGCCGGCCUCGGUCAUGCACCUGGCCGCUGCCGCCGUGUCCUGAGGAUUUCCCACGGGGAGUGGAUGAAGCAAAUCGAGGUCUGCCCCUGGCAUCUAUCAAACUGGAGCAGCUUCAAUACAACGUGCCGGCAUGCCGCGGCGGAGCAGCGGAGGGAAGAGGUGGCGCACCCGUAGAGCUCAAACAUCCAGCCGGCGCCCCGGUCCCUAUCGCACCCGGCGCUCCUACAUGCAUGUCCGGGGCUUCCCUCGACGUGACCAGCCAGCUGCGCAAAGCCAAGUCGUCCCGGAGGAACGCGUGGGGAAACCAGUCGUACGCGGACCUCAUCACGCGUGCCAUUGAGAGUGUCCCGGAGAAGAGACUCACUCUGUCGCAGGUUUACGAUUGGAUGGUGCGCUUUGUCCCUUAUUUCAAGGAUAAAGGCGACAGCAAUAGUUCCGCUGGAUGGAAGAACUCCAUCCGCCACAACCUGUCCCUCCACACUCGGUUCGUCCGUGUCCAGAAUGAGGGGACGGGGAAGAGUUCCUGGUGGAUGCUGAACCCAGAGGGAGGGAAGAUGGGGAAGGGACCCCGACGACGCGCCGCCACAAUCGACUGCCCCAACGGCACCAAGUACCUGAAGAGUAAAGGACGGGCCAGGGGUAAGAGGCCUGGAGCCGGAGCUGGCAGUGGAGCUGUUGGUCGGGGCAGGCGGCAGGGUUACGGCCUGGGUCAGGGGGCUCGACCGGGGAUGCAUCAGGGGUCUCCGGAGCAUGGUAGUCCUGCAGGGAAGGGCGGAGUAGGGGUGGGAGGAGAGGAGUACGAUGCCUGGACGGAUCUCCACUCCCGGACCUCCUCUUCGGCUUCGACACUUAGUGGCUGCCUUUCUCCCAUCCUGGCCGAGGCUGAGCCAGAUGAGCCAGAGGAGGGAGGCCUUUCCUGCUCCACCUCCCCCCGCCUCUAUCCUAGCCCUACCGCAACUCGCUCCCCUGCCCUGGGCACUGGGGGGCACUGCCCUGGAACCUCCUUGGAGCUGCCCCAACUCACUGACCUGACUGGGGCUAUCAGCCUGGAAGAGGGCUACCCCCACCCCCAGAACCACCCACAAACCCAGCCUCGUAAUGGCUACCCCAGCCCCUACGGCACCGGCCCCAAGGGGGAAGGCUCCUACUGCGGCCCUGUCUACGGGCAGCCGUCCCUGGGCAUGCUGCAGCUCCAUGCCCCCAUACCCAUGCAGACCAUUCAGGAGAACAAGCGAGCCAGCUUCCAGCGCCCCCUGAGGGCCUACUCAGAGAACAAUGCCCUGCAGAGCCUGCUGACCAGAGGGCCUGGAGGUCCUCAGUACUGCAGUAAGGACAUGGUCACACUGGGAGGGCAAGGAGGGGAGUCACACACGCUGCUGACCCAGGUAACUAACGGGGUUCACAGCCACAAUCAGAGUCGCAGCAGCCACAAUCAUAGCCAUAGCAACCAUAAUCAUAAUAACCAUGAGCAUGGACACAAUUCAGGCCCACACAAUGGUCACGGCUCAGUUCAUGACCAGAACCCCAGCGGUCAUCAUCAGAAUGGCCUCCACAAUCAUGGUCAACCCAACCUGGACUAUAACCAUAGCCACAAACAACACCUCAGCCCGGCCACUGACUACAACCAGAGUCACAACCACAAACUGAACACAAGCCAUGACCACACUCACCAGUCCAACCAGGGUCAUCUCCACGGUCACCUCCAGGGUGGACCCAGACCUCCAGCCCUCCAGGCUCUUUCUCCCAGAGUCAACACAGACAUCCUGCAGCCCUACAGCCUCAAAACCCCCACCCCAACUCCUAGCCUCUAUGGCCCCCUCACCCCCCACCUCCCCACCCCCAACCCCUCGUCCCUUCCCCCCAACCCCGCCUCUGUUCUCGACAUACACCAGGACCCCUGCCUCCGCCUGGCCUCCGCCCCGGCACCUCACCCCCACCCUCGCCACCAGCCCUACCCCGGUACCACCUACCACCAGGGUAUAACUAUGACUGACUCCUGGCAUGGCUACUACCACCACACCCUCCACCCCACCCAGAACUACCAGGGACACCCCCACCACAGCACUCACCACCCCAGCCGCAUGGCUCCAGACCUGGAAUGUAACAUAGACAUUCUCCCCAGCAGCCUAGACUGUGACGUGGAGUCCAUCCACCUCAAUGACUUCAUGGACACAGAGGGGAUGGGGAUGGACUUCAACUUUGAUGGAUCCCUGUCUCAAGGAGUGGGCAUGGGCAUGAGCAUAGCUGCUUUCGCCGGAGCGCCGCAGGGACAUCACAGCCAGAACUGGGUGCCUGGGUGA